UAUAUGGUUCGGUUUGGGCAACAUGGUCAGCUUGGUCAAUUUGCGCAAACAAUGUACGCGUUCGUGUUCGUGCAUGCAAUACAGUCCGAGGAUUUUCAUGCCUCGGAAUUUAUGGAAUGCGAAAUGGAUCGCUUACAUGCGGUACGUGAUUCGGAAUACGAGGCAGUGGAUCCAUGGGAAGAUGAUCGCAGGGAGGCAAUGAAACAGCUCUUUCCGAACAAUUUUCCACAUGAAGAACGCAAACAUCUAUUUCAACUUAGAAGAAAAUUUGGCUCAACACCUAUCCGACGUCAUCCAGGUUUUAUUCAGUAUUAUGUGCCGGGAUAA